AUGACCGUGUAUUUUGCGAGAUGUUUUCCGCAGCGAAAUACCGCAAAUGACCAGGCCCAUGGAAAAGGAUACAUCCGCUUUCUACGGUAUGAGAUAAUGUUUUCACAUCUGAAUUUGUGGCUUGAAUUAAAGUUGAUGACUCCUUCUUAUGACAAUUUAAUCUCGUUAAAGAACAAGCAUGCUUUAGCACAUAUCUCAGUUAAUUCCGUAGAAAGGGGACGCCAUGCUUUUGAGGGAAGGAAUUUGCUCCUUUUACCACUCAUACCUACAAUGCCGUACAGUAUACGUACACUGCAUAUAUACCUACAAUGCGAUAUCAUCUACAUCCUUGCUAUCUGUAAUCAGAUCGCUGCAUUCAAACUUUCUAGCCAUUUCAUGAAACAUCUUGACGCUCUCCUUAUAGAUGGCCAAGUCUACUUGUUCUAUUCUCCGGAAUUCGUUUUUCUGGUCUUCAGACAUCCCAUUCCAUAA